CGAGAUCUGUGAUCUGGGCACUCUGCAUAUGGGAAGUUUUUCUAUUUUGACGCGAAAUUUUUGCAAAUUUGUAAAUAUGUCGAAAAGCGCACUGGUUAUCCUGGCCCCUGGCGCCGAGGAAAUGGAGUUCAUCAUUGCCGCCGAUGUCCUGAGGCGUGCUGGGAUCAAGGUCACCGUUGCCGGUCUCAACGAUGCCGAGCCUGUGAAAUGCUCGAGGGAUGUUCUUAUUGUUCCGGAUACAUCUCUGUCCAAAAUAGCGUCUGAAAAGUUCGACGUCGUGGUUCUGCCUGGAGGAUUGGGCGGUUCGAACGCCAUGGGCGAUUCCUCUGCGGUGGGAGAGCUGCUGAAGACCCAGGAAUCCAAUGGAGGACUCAUUGCCGCCAUUUGUGCCGCUCCUACGGUUCUGGCCAAGCAUGGAAUCGCUUCUGGAAAGUCUCUCACCUCGUACCCCUCCAUGAAAGCUCAGUUGGUGGAUAAAUACAGCUACGUGGAUGACAAGAAUGUGGUUCAGGAUGGAAACCUAAUCACCAGCCGCGGACCUGGAACCGCCUAUAACUUUGCCCUGAAAAUUUCAGAGGAGCUGGCGGGAAAAGAAAAGGCCCAGGAAGUGGCCAAAGGUCUGCUUUUGUCCUACGACUAAAAUACUCCUAACUUGGGAGGACA